AUGGCCGCUUUCGGAAACUCGCCGCUUUCCGCCUUCGCACAAUCUACGACCACGGCCUUUGCUCACCGAGAGGGUGAAGGUACAGAGCAGCUGUGGUCUUUUGCACCUGCUACAACCGGGUGCCGCGAUGAGCUUGAUGCUCCGAUCAAGGAAGCGCUAUGCCUCCCACCAGCAGUCAGGAUCAUCGCGCACUGCGGGUUAGGCCAGGAAGCACAGUCACCCGCGCCACAACCCUGUUUCGGUGUAGGGGCUUCUCAGUCGUAA